GGACCUACAAACUGAGAUAACAUACAGUGAACAGCAUAAUUUUUCUUAAUAUCAAGAUGUUUAAAGAAAGCCAAGCAUGUCGGAGCACACCUUUAACCCCAGCACUUGGGAGACAGAGGCAGGUGGAUCUCUGAGUAGGAGGCCAGCCAAAGCUACAGAGUGAAACUACUCUGUCCGAGGGUUUGGGGUGGGAAGAUGUUUAAAGCUUUUAAUAAACUUAAAUAUCUUCUUUUCUAUAAAUGUCAACCUAGAGUUUCUUUUCUACUUAAGAACCUAAGUCACACAUCAGCGACUAAUUAGUAACAAAAUAUGGGGGAGAGACUCGGGAAAUAAAGGUUACUUCAACAAUUUAACAGCGUAAGCUUUUUAAUGUAAAAGAAUUAAAGUCAGGGUAAAUACCCUGUUUACUUUCUUUUCCUGUCUAUGGAGGUAGUGAAAUUUUAACUUUCUUAGUUAUCUAAACUCCAAAAAAGUAUUGUCUCUAUGCUGAUGUUUACUUAAUGCUAAACUCAAUCCAGGAAGUCAGCUACUAAAGAGUAGUUACAUUAGGCACACACAUUUAUAAACCGUCUGCUGCAAGUGACCCAGGACUCAAUUACAACAUCAAUCCUCACAUUUCAUCCAACAGUCAAACUACCAGUCUAGUCGAGAAUAAGUUCAUUUUGCCCUACUGGCGCUUCAUAUCGGGUUGCACAAUCCCAGAGGGUUGAACUGUCUUAGCCUAGCCCUAGAGCAUCAGGUCCUAAGUGGAGUGCGAAGUUACCGGCAGGACAUUUUUAAACUGGAGGCAAACUCCAGCGUCGCCUGCACAAACGUAACCAGCCUAUGCUCCCGAAUUUUGGAGUUUAACACAUCACUUGAGAUCAGAGUGAAAUAAGUUUCAGUCCCUUUGAGAUCUCUGAGCACACAAUGUGUUAUCAUUCCAAGGGGCUGAAGAGUGCGAACCUAGCUGGGGAAAAAAACUAUUUGGUGCGGAAAUUCGAGUCUUUUCCGCCCACCAUUGGGGGCCGCAUCGAUCGGGUCCGGCGCGAUGCCCUGGCGUGAGUUUGGGGGCGCAACGGGACCCGGAGGGGGCGGCGAGCGCGCGUUCCCCCGCCCGCUCAGGCGGCGUCGAGGCGCGAGCAGCUCAGCCAGCCUUGCAGAGGGAGCUCUCGGCAGUUCAGGGGUCCCUCUGCUCGCAGCCACAGCAGCGCCGCCUGCGCCACUCGGCGGCGACGGAGACCAGCGGCGACGAUGAUCGGACUCGGAGGAACUAGAGAGCACCCCAGCUGCUGGAGAAGUACUCGGCGGCCGGCUUUGAAAGCAUGAGAAAAGAAGAGUGAGAAACAAGAAGAAAAGAUAAGGUUGGAAGAGGGCAAGAGGAAAGGAGAGGAAUGGAAGGAAACUCCUGCAGCCACCAACACAAUAAAUUGUAUCCUGAGCCACCUCAGCCUGGCCCUUUUUUGCAGUGCUCUGAAGACGAUGAAUAAGACAUGACUGUGACCUAGGUGGUCUUAAAUGACGAGCCCAUCAGCAUGUUACAGACCUUGGCAGCCCAUUUCCAUUUGCCCCCUCUAGGUGCACACUUUCCUUGCCGACACCUGUGACUCUUGAUAACAUCACCAACCUCCCACCACCUGGGACAGCAGGCUCCCAACUGUCCUGAAUCUGAACUGGAAGAACAAAUGUCUCCCCAGCCUGCAGGACAGCAGGUCAGUGGAAAGCUGGGAGAUACUGACCCUGUUGUUCCCCGAAAGAACCCUAGUGACAGAUGCCAAAUGAAGUCUAAGACGAGAGUCUGAACAGCAGUUGCUGGCACUGCCCCUACCUGUAAGAUGGUGUUUGCCACCUGAUACCUUGCUGGUACCCAAGCACAGCUCUGGGACACUGCAAAACAGAAAACUGACCACUAUAGAGCCUUCAUUUUGGGAGGGCCCCUCAGGCCCUGGCUGCAGAAAUCAGUCACGUGCAGGCCCUUUAUUAGACUCUGCCAUAUAAGCUUCAGGCACAAGUGGCCAGGAACUCCCUGGACGAGGAUCAGCAAGCAAAGGCCAUGCUGACGGUAAUGCUGCUGAGCUGUGCCAUGCUGCUGGCACUGCCUCCCACGCUGGGGGUCCAGAUGGGCUUGGCACCCCUGGAAGGCAUCAGAAGGCCUGGCCAGGCCCUGUUCCCAGAGUUCCCAGGUCUAAGUCUGAAUGGCCCAAAGAGGACAACUGCAGACCGAACAGAAGAGGCUCUGCUGCGGAAGGCAGAAGCUUUGGCGGAGGUGCUAGAUCCACAGAAUCGCGAGUCUCGUUCUCCUCGUCGCUGUGUAAGGCUGCACGAGUCCUGCCUGGGACAGCAAGUUCCUUGCUGCGACCCGUGCGCCACGUGCUACUGCCGCUUCUUCAACGCCUUUUGCUACUGUCGCAAACUGGGUACUGCCACGAAUCUCUGCAGCCGCACCUAGCCAACGGAUGCUGGGCAAAGGCAGGGACGCGAAUAAAGGAUGGGACCA